AUGUUCAGGAGUAACAGCCCCAUUGGCUACGAUACCAGUAGCUAUACGGGAUCCAUCCAGUCUAAUGGUUUUUCCACUACGGAUGACAUCUCAUCACAGGCAUCAAGUCUGUUGAGGCCCAGUGCAAAAUCAAUUUACUUGCAAAGAAAAGAGUAUGCAGUCUCCAUAAACAAGAUGAUGGACAAGUUUCAAUACAGAGUGGAGCACUUGUUCACUUGUGAUCUCGAUGGGAAGGAGCUGAAAAAUGUGGGGGACUGUGUGGAGCGUCUGAAGCUGCUGGACAGCAUGGGGCGUGUGUGGGGUCAGGUCAUGCUGCUGGAGGUGCGGGGUGCCACCCUGCUGCUGACAGAUGUUGAGACCAAGGAGGUGCUGGAGUCCAUGGCUCUCAGUGCCGUCGUGGAGCUCACAGCUGUGCUGGACAGUGGCGUGUAUAACUCCCUGUUGACGGUGUCGGUUCAGGACCGCAGCAAAAAGGCCACCAGCGUCUUCAUGUUCCAGUGUGAAGAUGUCAGGGCAGACUAUAUUAAAAAGGACCUCUCAAGAGCAGUUUCACGCAAGCAAGUGGAUCCAAGCAUCAACAGCAAUCAAGGAAACCUGGCAGGACGAGAGAUGAUCAAGAAUGUCCGUAACGCUGCCCCACCUCCUGAACCCAGAGCACUGAAGCCUCCAGGUGACCCCGUACCCCGAUGGAGCGCUCCUGAUUAUGAAGAAGAUGAUGAUGAUCUACCAACACCUGUGCUAGUUUUACCUCCGAGAGAGGUACCAUUUCCCAGAAGGGAAACACCACCGCCAACACCCUCCACCAUAGAAGAAGAACCUCUGCCACCUCCACGCCCCUACACAGAGCUGGACAGGAAUGUGGACAUCUUGAACCAUAUUUUCAAUGAUCUUGAAAUCUUCAUGGGAAGAAUAGCUGCAGUCGUAGCUAAAGAUGAGAAGAAAAACAAGAAAAAGAAAAAGAAAGGCAAAGCCAUAGACGGCAUGCCCUCUCGUGAUGAAUUUGCAACCUGUCUCCAGAAGAUCAAGUGUGGCUUCAACCUUCUGGGGGAGCUCAAUGGAGAGAUUAGUAAUCCCAGUGCCCCUGAAUUUGUCCACUGCCUUUUCUCCAGCCUAGGAUUUGUGGUCUCUCACUGCCCAGAGGAUCUGCCUCCCACCAUCGUGGCCCCCUUGUUAACCCCUGAGUGUAUUCGUCUUUUGAGUGAAGAGGCCAACACUGAGGAAGACCAGCUGUGGCAAUCUCUGGGAGAUCCCUGGAACAUCCCCAGUACCAAAUGGCCAGAGGAUGAUGAGGACAUUCCCACUUACACUCUGGAGUUUUUUGAUGGCUGGCAGCCUCCUGAGGCAGGUCAAGCCAGAGAGCCUGUGUGCAGUUGGGAGAGUCAGCGCUCAGCCCCCAACAAGGUAAAUCCUCACAGACGUUUAAUGACACACACUGUGGCAGAUGGAUGUAGCUCAGCCCAGUGGACUCCACCACCAGCGCGGUAUGUACGGCCAGGUGAGCCAAGCAUUUGCAUGCGUGUUAUGUACGACUUCAGUGCAAGGAACCACAGAGAGCUCAGCAUCACAAAGGGAGAGGUAGUCGAGUUGCUGGACAAGACAAAGCAGUGGUGGAAAGUCAGGAACUCCAGAGGAGAGGAGGGUUUUGUGCCCAAUAACAUCCUGGAGCCUCUGGACAAGGAGCCUGAUGAGCAAAGUGACAGCUGCCCUGACCUAACCAAGAGGUCCAAGCCUGCAGAAGUGAGAGCCUGGCUCGAGUUCAAGGGCUUUUCUAAAAUCACGGUGCGCUGUUUGGGCCCGCUGAGUGGCUCCAUGCUGCUGGGGAUGACAAGAGAAGAACUGAAGACAGUGUGUCCAGAGGAGGGGGGGCGAGUCUUCUUCCAGCUACAAGCAGUCAAGUCUGCCAUGGCUGUAAGUGACAGACCACGGGGGUUAACUCCAUGUGUCACCACUGCCAGUCUGCUUAAUCAUGAUCAGACUUACUGA